AUGCCCCUUUCGUGCGAUGGAACGGGUGUGGUGAAUGGACCCAAUGCGCGCGAAAAUGUGGUUGUGUGUGUGAGAGCAAGACCACUGGAUAGUGACGAAGAAGAUGGCGUGUGGCGUGUUGACAAGGAACAGAGUAGUGUUGUGCCCACCGAACUGCACCCGUCGCUUGCUCGUCGCGCAGGAAGCAGCACACAAGCAAGCACUGACGAAGAUGAUGGCAGCCACGGACUGACCACGUAUGACUUUUGUUACGAUAAUUUGGUAUUGGGUCAUGAGCAAACGACCGCACUUUAUGAGGCCAAUGUGUAUCCGGUGGUUCGUGCCGCUAUGGACGGAUACAAUGGCACGGUAUUUGCGUACGGACAAACAGGCAGUGGGAAAACCUAUACUAUGACCGGGACGGAAGCCGACCCUGGCGUGAUAACUCGUGCGGUGAAGGAUGUAUUCCAGAUGAUCCGUGAGAACCCGACGCGCGAAUUUCUGUUGCGAGUGUCGUAUCUGGAAAUAUAUAAUGAGACGUUGCGUGACUUACUAGCGGGAGAUGUCGCUUCAAAGAAAAAACUCAAGCCGCCGCGUAUUUUUGAGGAAAAGGGUCGCGUCGUGUUAGGCGGUAUGCAAGAAGAGAUUGUGACCACGCCACGAGAGGUGUUUUCUCUGCUCGAGCAGGGCCAACGAAACCGGCACAUCGGUGCCACAGACUGGAAUACACGAAGUAGCCGGAGUCACUGCGUAUUUCAAAUCACCAUCGAGAGCCGCGAGCUUGACAACACCUCGCAAGUGCGGGUCAGUCAGCUCAAUCUGAUCGAUUUGGCGGGAUCAGAGCGAGCAGCGAGCCAAAUAGACCGUCGAAAGGAGGGGGCCUAUAUUAACAAGUCGCUUCUUACGCUAGGAACGGUUAUCGCGAAACUCACAGAGACACCAGCGUCAAAUGAUGUGCAUGUGCCGUACCGCGACUCAAAGCUGACGCGCCUCCUACAGACGUCUCUUAGUGGUGAUGCACGCGUGGCGGUCAUUUGCACUAUUGCACUCGACAAAGCAUCGGCCAUUGAGACACUCUCGACGCUCAAAUUCGGGCGACGCUGCAAAAUGGUCGUGACGAAGGCCAAACGCCAGAUGGUGAUGGAUGAUAAAGCCCUGUUGGAAAAGUACACACAAGAGAUUCAAGAUCUGCGUGCACGCCUCGAAUCGAGCUCCUCCGACUCUGACAAUGUCCCACACACGCCGACGAGUGACGCCGAUGCUGAGCGUGAGGCCGCGGCGCUGGAAGUCGCUUCCAUGCAAGAAACGCGGCAAGACCUGCGCAAGCAAAUUGAUCAUCUCACACGGUUGAUUCUAACGAGCCGCACCGUCGCAGCUCAGACUCCGGCUCGCUCACCACUUGGUCAUGCUGAUGCUGAUCCUUAUGCAUCACCAGCCCGGCGCGGACCUCGAAUGAGCGAUCUGCCCACGCGCUAUAAAUCAGGGCAUGACGAUGCUGAUGCACUUCGUCGCGAAAUUGCCGAGCUGCGCUCACAGCAAUUGGCGGAACGCGAGGCACACAAGCGGGCUAUUCGUGCGCUUGAAGAGGAAGUGCGGGACUGGGAAGAGUCGACCAAGUCUGCCCGCAAACAGAAUCAAGGCGCCGAGCGUGAGCUUUUGCGCCUCCGGGAAGAACAUGCCACGGAUGCAGCUCAUCGUGAGUUCCGUGAGCUGGUGUCGCCGCCAGCGAGUCAGAGGGACGACGAGUGCAAGGAUGCGGCGCAUCUUCAGGCACGCGUCGCUGCCUUGGAAAGGGCGUUGUCGGAAGAAAGAGCUAUGCGCGAUCUAAGCUCACUACCCGAGCGCCCUUUGGCAUUGCCCAUGGAAUCCCGCUCAGGUAUGACGCCACCCUGUGUUCCCAUUCGCUCCCGGUCUCAGGGUGGAAGUCCUGUCGGUGGCACAGCAGAGAGAGUCUCUUCUUUACAACGUGAGCUGGCUGAGCAAAAAGCUCUGGUGUCUACGCUGAGCGCCUGCGUACAGAGCUGGCAAUCGCGCGUGAAACAGCAAGCUGACAUGAUUUCUAGGCUCGCUGCGCUUGUUGUGGACGACGAAGAAAUGGACCUGGAAACACCGGGAUUGUCCACUGUGCCCGAUACCACGAAGCCCAAAAAGACACGGCACAGCGGCAUCCGUCCAAGCGAUGUCGUGCAGGGACGGGCCAAGAUCGGCGAGGUCGAGUCUGCGCAUCGCAAUGAUCCCCCCUCUGGAAGCAAGAUGAUGCCAGGCAAACUCAGUCCCUCCGCCCUCGGCUUGAGUGAAAAGUCUCAAGACUGCAACGAGGACGUGCCCAGACCGUCUACACCCCCUGCGACGAACCGCUCAGCCGCCUCAUCGGCAUUCCAGACCAAGGCGCCUACACACGCUUUCACACCAGAGCGCCGAGUCAAAGAGGCAUCCAAGCCCACUGCCGAUGUCAAGCCUUUGCAGCCGCAAGUCCAAGUGCCACAAGCCGUCCGACCUGAGCCACGUCGUUCCGCUGUCGCUUCGGCUCGAUCAGCGCCUGCAUCAGCGCCUGCACGCGCUCUGCCAAGUCCUCCCCGAGCAGUUCAACCGCUGCCGACACCGCCCAGUGGUCCCACUCGUUCGCUGCCUGCACCGCCCAACUCCAGUGUCAAGGCACUGCGUGCGAGCUUAAUGGCAUCGGCUGACAAGACGUCUAUGCCUCGUGUACAUCCAGCGCCUUCGCAUGAGCAGCGCAAGCGACCACCACCGUCUCCGGCUGAUGCGCACGCAGCGCUGCCGGCCAUGCCUGAGCCGCCAUCCAAGCGCUCCGCAGCGACAAGUGCACCUGACUCGCAUGCUAAGCUCCGUGCCCGCCUUUCGGCGUAUACAGCGGUGGCCUCUGAGCAGGUUCCUCCCCCGCCGCGUUCACAAAGUGGCAUGGUCCGUGGAUUGGCGCUUAAGCCCGUGCAGUCGAUGAUGCAGAUCCCCGAGGGACGUCGGCCUCAAGACGCGGCUAUUCUGCGUGAACUCAAUGAGCUCAAAUCUAUGCCCCGCGUCGAAAGCAGCCGUGUCAUGUACAUGCCCCAGACUCUGCCCUCCAAUGCUAGUAUGGCUCGCUUGUCCGCGUCGAAUUACAAAACCGACGCCAGUGCCUAUUACAUUUGA